UUGUCUUGUGGUUGAUGUACUGUGAGAGCUCCUGCUGAACACAACACGGGUCAGACAUUUUAUCCAGCACAAGGCGGAUUUUUGAAUUUUUAAGUGGGACCGAGCAGAAUAAAUACUGUCUGGUGUCUGACUGGCAGGCUUAGGCGAGAAGAAUGGACUUGAUCAAAGUUGUCACAGAGCACAGACCAGCCUGAUGUUCUUUUACCAGUUUGUGCCAGAAAACAAACACUGAGCAGAGGACAUGGCGAACUGUCCAGGUGAGCUUUCAGUUGUGUACUCCGUUGUAUACACCCUCAGCGGUCUCCUCUCCUUCACCAUCGUGGUGUUCACAGUGCUGGGAGCCGUGUGCAUCAGAAAAUACCGAUCCGCUCUCAAGACAAUCAGAUUGCUCCGGCAGAACAAGAUGCUGAUGAGUGCUGUGCCUCGGGUAGAGCCUCCCCUCUUACCUGCGAGGCCGAUCCCAGUUGUGGUGGAGGAGGAGGAGGAGCGGGAACUUCCUCCCAAAUCUCCACUCCGACCCAGCACUUCAGCCAGGUCUCCGUCCAAGAAGCUGUGGAAAGGUCUGCAGCAACUGCAGCAGGAUCCUCCUUUCACCAAGUCAGACCUGAACCUUCUGCAGCUGAUCAAAGCAGGAAAGGAGGGUGUCUUCUACCAGGCCAGGAUGACCAGAGGGACGUGUAAAGGCCACAGCAUGUUCACCUGUAAGAUCAGCAAGGAAGGCGUCCGCCUCAAACACGUGGACAUGGAGGUUUCCAUCAUGAGAAAACUGAUGCACCACAAGAACAUCCUCCAGUUACUGGACUGGAACACCACUGCAGAGCCCUACAUUCUGAUCAUGGAGUAUGUGAGCUACGGCACUCUGAGGACCUUCCUGCAGACCAACAGAGCCCACCUGAGUACUGACCCUGAGCUGCAGAGCCUCCUCACCAUUGCCUCGUACCACGUUGCUCUAGCCAUGCAGCACCUGCGCUCCAAAAUGAUUAUUCACUGUGACUUGGCUCUGAGGAAUGUCAUGGUCAACAAGUUUCCCUGGGAGGUGAAAGUGGCCGAGUUUGGUCUCGCCCGAGACUUGACGCGAAUGGCGAGCCGUCGCAGCAGUCGCUGGAGAAACCCACGUCAACGUGUACCCCUGCGCUGGUACCCCCCAGAGUACUUCAAGAACAACUACUACAGCUACAAGGGAGACGUGUGGGCGUUUGGCAUCGUGCUGUGGGAGAUGCAGACAUUUGGUACGCUGCCGUAUCCAAACCUGGAGACAUCAGAGCAAGUGGUGUACCACAUCUGUAUGGGUCACAAAAACACAAACCCGGAAGGCUGCAGACCAGAGAUACUUCACAUCAUGCGAGACUGCUGGCAGGAGCCGUACACCCUGAGGCCCUCGUUCACAGACAUCGUCUGCAUGCUGGAGAGCAUCAUGGAAAACGAUGCGGACUACGUGGAUGUGGAGAAUCCAGAGCAGGUGGUGACAGAUGAGGCCGAAAUUCAGGAAAACAAUCGUUUACGAGCAGCGAGUGUCAGUUUGGACACUAAUUUUUAAACGGGUACUUUAAAUCAUGCGUGCAGAUUUCAGGUGGGCUUAAUUCCUGCUGAGUAAAUGAAAGGAGCAGAAAACUUAUCACAACAGUCAUAAUGUGCAUGUUUGUUCAAAAAGGAUUCUUUUAAAUAUAUACCUG